AUGUCUCUCAAUGGGCUAGAUAAUCCAGUCGUUCUUGAAGCCUACCAGACUGCCUUGACUGAUGCCGGUGGAUGGUUCAUUCUACAUUACAUUUCAAGAGAUGAGGUUGACCUGCUUGAUCGAGGCACUGGCGGCGUAUCCGAGGUGCGCAAUGCCAUUGACAAGUAUGAGGAGAUCUCCCCACUUUACGGCUUCCUACAGUACCGACGGAGAAAGGUGAUUAUUCGUUAUAUGCCGGAGGGCCUUUCUCGUCUAAUUCUCGCCCGGAGUAAUGUUCAGUUCCAAUCCGUCCUUGACAAAUUCAGCCCGAACGACACUAUCCUCCCCAUAAGUCAAGCCUCCGACCUGAGUGAAAGUGCUCUUUCCUCAGCAUGUCUCCUCCAUACCGCCUCGAUUUCAAUGAGCUCUUCCACUGGCUCCCUUCGUCGUAAAAGACUCAUGGAGAUCACCGAAGAUGCGGAAGAGGGCGGCACAAAGGAGGAUGUCAAAGAAAAGCCGCAACUACAACUACAAUCGCAAUUCCCAUCCGUUCCUCAGUCCUCUAGUGACGAGAUCAGGCAGAGAUCUAACAGUCAGCGAUCAGAGGCAACCAUUGUGCCUUCGGUAUUUACACCGGAUAUCGAAAGAUCCCCCUCCGAUUUCCGAUCUCCACCUUCACGAGCUAGCUCUCGCCCAGCGCUGUCACGACGGGGCAGUGCUACGGGUUCACUUACAGGCAGCCUUUCUCCAAAAUCCCCAGGUGCAGACUCAGAAAGUAGAUACAGGAGCCUCUUGGACGAGUUUCCCCGGCCAUCAGAAGAGUCCCGGAAGUCUUCACAAUCUGCACGGCCUACGAUACAAGAUUUGGAACGGGCAGCAGGAAUCACUCCCAAGGUCAAGCUGGGUCCACGCCCAUCAAUCGAUCAGACUGGAAAACCCCGCACUAGCAGAAGUUCACGGAACGGGGAACAACGACCGGUUGCCGCUCUGCCAGCUGGUAUACGUCCAUCCUCGUUGCGAAAACAAAAGACUGAUACUCCUAGACCGCUUUCCCAAGGAAGCGCUUUUGCGACCAUGCCUGCCAGUCGGGCCCCUCCAAUACCACUAUUAGUCCCUCCUCCGAGUAUUCCAAUUUCCCGCGCUCCAACAUCUCCUAGUGCUAGAUCGUUAAGCGCCUUGUCAACUUCGUCUGGUCUGACUCCUGAAAAAGAGCGCCUGAUGAAGGCGUUGCUACAGCGGCGAAAGGCCAUGGCGAAGCAGGCAGAUGAAAGAGCGAGGAAACAAUCAAUUGCAGAGGUAGAAGAAGAGCCUAAAGACGAACCCAAAGAAUCACCAGAUCUAUCUCAGUCUCGGUUUUCAGAAAACAAGGAAAAUAUCAACUCGGUACAGAUCCCAUUACCGGAUCCAGAGAAACCAACCCCAGAAAGGUCAGAGCUAGAAAAGCCAGAGCUAGAAAAGCCCCUGGACGAGGAGAUCACACCAGAGCAAACACCGGAGCUACCAGAGCCAACUGCGGAGGAAAUCGUGCCUGACUUGGAAGGUGCCUCGUCUUUGCUAAUCUCUGCCAGCACGUCUGAACCCGCCGACGAGAAUACAUUGGAGUCGGUUCAGUCGGAGACGCAGGUGAUACCCAAAGACAAAAUUUCCGAGGACGGAGGCUCCGCAAUCCCUGACCAAACAGAGGCUAAGAAUAGCCUAGUCCCACCUACUAGUGCCAAGUUUCCAGUCCCACUUACUAAGGAGUCGACAGAGAUCCCAGAACCAACUCCAGCACUCUUUGAAAUUCCAGUGGCGAGCGAGCUAUUGGAGACUCCGCCCACGGAAGCCAUUGUGGAACGAUCCCCUGAGCCCACUACUAUCCCUACUCCCCUUGUCGUCACUCCGCCUGAAGAAAUCCCCUCACCCGUUUCGAUUUCCAUUGACCCUGUCCCCUUAAAUGAAACUGCCUCUCCCGCGGAAUCGCCUAUUCAAUCGCAUACCCAAUCGCAUAUCGGGAAAUCGGAUAAUCUUCCUCUAGAUCAGAGACGCAACGUUCGCGUGAGCCCCAUUGUGAUUACGGACUACUCGGAUGACGACAACCUGUCGGACGAUUCGUUGAUGGAGGAACUGAGCUCUGCUACCCUGCAGGAGGCCCGGCCGGUCACCGUCAAGUCUCCUACUACCACUGAUUGGAGGGGCUCAACCCGCGCUUUCUCGGGUCCGCAGGGACGUCCCUCUACAGCAAAUGCUGUUACGGUGGGCCGAUCUAUCUCUGGCUCGUAUACUAGCAAUGACUCCCCAGCUCCGGUGCUCGUAGCCAAGAAGAUCAAUGUCUCCUCUGGUAUCUCGAGCCGCAUCAAAGCUCUCGAAAAGUUCCAGAGUCGAGAGGGCACUCCCAGUGUCGUAGGCCACAACGCAACUGGGCUUUCUACUUCUUCCUCUUUUGAGAGCCUUCGAAAGCGUGCCUCGAUCUCUUUACACAAUGACAACCUGGAAGCCAGCCCUCCAGGGGCAAAACAAGCCUCCUAUUCCCCCGAAAGUUUCACCCGUGCGCCAAGCGUUAAAGGAGGCUACCGCCCCACUUCUAGCACCAAUCGCCGUACUAACUCAAUAUCUGUUCCCGCUCGCAUUGUGCGUGAUGCAGAUGCGUCUCUCGAGACGUCAGAGUCUGAUGUUCAUCUCCAAGCCAGUCCCCUGACUGCGGAGGAUAGGGUACACGAGGACGUUCCAUCGCAGCCCCUGACAGUUGAUACUAUCGGAGUAGACCGAAGCCUGUCUAUUUCACCCGCUGGAUCAAGCCGACGAAGCUCAGCGGCAUCCCCACCUGGAAGUCGGCCGUCGUUGUCUGCUUCCCCUCGCUCCAAGACAGAUGAGAGUCUUCCCAAAUCUCCAGCUGACGAAAGGACCGAGUCCGGUACCUCGCGUACACUCCGUCGCAUGUCUUCAAAAAGCAUCAUUGAAGAUCUGAGCUCACAUGUAAAGGAGCAAUCUACCAACGUCACAGUGGGUGACGAGUCGGUUAUCAUCUUACCAUCACCUUCCAGCCAGCAUCUAUCAGAGCCCGUUGAUCUGGGCGAAGUCAACGUCCAGUUUCCAGAUACCCUCCUGUGGAAACGUCGGGCUAUGCGAGUCGAUGAGAGCGGAUAUGUUGUGCUCACUCCUAGCACCCAAGACUCCAGUGCUCGCAACAUGGCUAAGCGAUACCACCUUUCCGAGUUCCGAACCCCUUGUCUCCCCGAUGAGGACAUGCAGGAACUGCCCAACAGCAUUCUGCUAGACUUUUUGGACGGUAGCACUCUUCAGUGUGCAUGUGAAUCACGACAGGGACAAACCUCGACUCUUAAAGCCCUCAUCGACGCUCACCGAGCUUAUCAAUCAUGA